CUGUCAACUUCUCUCCUCUUUGCACGUGUCCUUUCCUCCACCAUGACCUGUGGCUUUCGAACCGGAAACUUCAGCUGCGCCUCAGCCUGCGGGCCCAGGCCAGGCCGCUGCUGCAUCUCUGCAGCUCCCUACAGGGGCAUCUCCUGCUACCGUGGACUCUCUGGAGGCUUCGGCAGCCACAGCGUCUGUGGGGCUUUCCGCUCCGGCUCCUGUGGAAGAAGCUUCGGUUACCGCUCUGGAGGAGUCUGCGGGCCCAGUCCCCCCUGCAUCACCAGUGUCUCUGUCAAUGAGAGCCUGCUCACACCCCUCAACCUGGAGAUCGACCCCAAUGCUCAGUGCGUGAAGCAUGAGGAGAAGGAACAGAUCAAGUGCCUCAACAGCAGGUUCGCAGCCUUCAUCGACAAGGUGCGCUUCCUGGAGCAGCAGAACAAGCUGCUGGAGACCAAGUGGCAGUUCUACCAGAACCGCAAGUGCUGUGAGAGCAACCUGGAGCCUCUGUUUGAGGGCUACAUCGAGACGCUGAGGAGAGAGGCUGAGUGUGUGGAGGCUGACAGCGGGCGGCUGGCUGCUGAGCUCAACCAUGCUCAGGAGGCCAUGGAGGGCUACAAGAAGAGGUAUGAAGAAGAAGUUGCACUCCGGGCCACAGCAGAAAAUGAAUUUGUGGCUCUAAAGAAGGACGUGGACUGUGCCUACCUGCGCAAGUCAGACCUGGAAGCCAACGCAGAGGCGCUGACCCAGGAGAUCGACUUCCUGCGGCGGCUGUAUGAAGAGGAGAUCCGAAUCCUCCACGCCCACAUCUCAGACACCUCUGUCAUCGUCAAGAUGGACAACAGCAGGGACCUGAACAUGGACUGCAUCGUGGCUGAGAUCAAGGCUCAGUAUGAUGACAUUGCCACCCGCAGCCGGGCAGAGGCCGAGUCCUGGUACCGCACCAAGUGUGAGGAGAUCAAGGCCACAGUGAUCCGGCAUGGAGAGACCCUGCGCCGCACCAGAGAGGAGAUCAAUGAGCUGAACCGCAUCAUCCAGAGGCUGACGGCUGAGAUUGAGAACGCCAAGUCCCAGAACACCAAGUUGGAGGCCGCAGUGACCCAGUCUGAGCAGCAGGGAGAGGCCGCCCUCACUGAUGCCCGCUGCAAGCUGGCUGAGCUGGAGGCUGCCCUACAGAAGGCCAAGCAGGACAUGGCCUGCCUGCUCAAGGAGUACCAGGAGGUGAUGAACUCCAAGCUGGGGCUGGACAUCGAGAUCGCCACCUACAGGCGCCUGCUGGAGGGCGAGGAGCAGAGGCUGUGCGAAGGUGUCGGAGCUGUGAACGUCUGUGUCAGCAGCUCCCGUGGUGGAGUUGUGUCUGGGGACCUGUGUGUGUCUGGCUCACGGCCAGUGACAGGCAGUGUCUGCAGUGCCCCGUGCAGUGGGAAUGUGGCAGUGAGCACUGGCCUGUGUGCGCCCUGUGGAAGCGGCUCCUGUUACCAGGGGAGGUGUUAGAGGUCAAGAGGGAGCCAGGAAGUGGCCUGCCCCACAAGGCUGAACACAGUAGCCUCAAGGUCUGAUGCCCUGUGUUCUGAGAAAUACAGUCCCCAUCCCCAGCUGCCCUGUGUUCUGAGAAUACAGCCCCCAUCCCCAGAUGCCCUGUGUUCUGAGAAUACAGCCCCCAUCCCCAGAUGCCCUGUGUUCUGAGAAUACAGCCCCCAUCCCCAGCUGCCCUGUGUUCUGAGAAUACAGCCCCCAUCCCCAACUGCCCUGUGUUCUGAGAAUACAGUCCCCAUCCCCAGCUGCCCUGUGUUCUGAGAAUACAGUCCUCAUCCCCAGCUGCCCUGUGUUCUGAGAAUGCAGUCCCCAUCCCCAACUGCCCUGUGUUCUGAGAAUACAGUCCCCAUCCCCAGCUGCCCUGUGUUCUGAGAAUACAGUCCUCAUCCCCAGCUGCCCUGUGUUCUGAGAAUGCAGUCCCCAUCCCCAGCUACCCUGUGUUCUGAGAAUACAGUCCCCAUCCCCAGCUGCCCUGUGUUCUGAGAAUACAGUCCCCAUCCCCACCCAGCAGCUGCCUCUCUGUCCAGAUGCCUGCUGACGAGGGAUCUGCUACUAAUAGAUCAGCGGCCUGCCUCAGUUGCAGCCCUGGAGGAGCCCAGUGCUGCUUCCUAUGCCUCCAGCCUCUAGAGCCUGUUGUGCAAUAAACUGUGUGCCUACUCUCA